AUGAGGUUUUCAUGGCUUUUGUUUGCUAUAGGCUUUCUUUCAUUUGCAUGGCCUGUAGUUUCUGCACCAAUAUUGGCUAUUGAUUAUGGUACCGAAUGGACGAAAGCAGCUUUAAUCAAAGCUGGUAUACCUCUGGAGCUUGUAUUGACUAGAGAUACUCGUCGUAAAGAACAAAGUGCCGUUGCUUUCAAAGGUGAUGAAAGACUUUUUGGUGUUGACGCUGCUAAUUUGGCAACUCGUUUACCUUCUCACUCUAUACGGAAUGUUAAAGAAUUAUUGGACGUUUCGGGACUCAAUUCAAAGUUGGUUCAAAAGUAUUUAGGGAAUAACCCUGCCUUACAGCUUCAGGAAAAUGAAGAAUCGGUGUCUGGAGUAUCUUUUGUCGUUUCGGAUUCAGACUCUUAUACCUUAGAGGAAAUUAUUGCAAUGACUAUGGAACAUUAUAUUAACUUGGCUGAGGAAAUGGCUCAAGAACCUAUUAAUGAUUUGGUUCUGACCGUCCCUCCACAUUUCAAUGAACUUCAACGGUUCGUUUUACUUGACGCUGCACGUUUACUAAACAAAGACGUCUUGGCUUUAAUUGAUGAUGGUUUAUCAGUGGCUCUUGAAUAUUCUCUUUCUCGAUCCUUCUCUGAAGAACCUGCUCAUCAUAUCAUUUAUGAUGCUGGAUCCGGUUCAAUCUCUGCUACCUUGGUUGCUAUAGAUGCUGUUCCAAAGGGGACCUCAGGCAAAGGCAAAAAUAUUACUCGUAUCCGAUCAUUGGCUAGCUCCACGACCCUGGAUUUAACUGGAAAUGAGCUUAAUCGAAGAAUCGUGAACUUUAUGAAGGAUGCAUUCCAGCAGAAGCAUAAUAUCGACUUGUCCCAUAACAAUCGAGCUCUUGCCCGUCUAGAGAAAGAAGCUUUGCGAGUCAAACAUGUCUUAUCUGCAAAUUCUGAAGCUUAUGCUUCAAUAGAAGAAUUAGCUGAAGGAAUAGAUUUUCGCCUAAAAAUCACUCGCUCGGUUUUUGAAUCUUUAUGUCAGGACUUAGCUACCUCUGCUGUUUUGCUAAUCAAGGAAACUCUUUUGAAAGGCAAUGUAUCACUUGAAACACUGGAUUCCGUUAUUCUUCAUGGAGGAACAUCACGUGUUCCUUUUAUUCAAGCUGCUAUAGAUGAUUAUGUCAAGAGUGAUAAGGUUUCUAAAAAGGUGAAUGCUGAUGAGGCCUCUGUGAAAGGCGCUGCCUUUUAUGGUGCUAGCUUGACUAGCAGUUUCCGUGUGAAACCUGUUAUUGUUCAAGGAGCAGUUUACAAUUUCUACUCACUUACUUUAACCAAUAUGCAUCCGUUAGUUGCUUUACCUGAAUCCACCCUAUUUGGCUCUUCGCAUAUAGUUGCUAUAAAUACUACCGAUUUAGGAGCGCAUCCUUCCUUACCAGUUUCUAAUGGCGGUACUCUUAUUGGAGAAAUCAGCAUCAACAACUUAACCGAAGCAUUGAAACAAGCUGAUUCUUGCUCCGAAAAGCAAGUUCUGUUUGAGUUCUCUUCUGAUCCUUUGAAGGGAACGUUUAUUCCUGUCCGUUCAUAUGUUGCAUGCGAGCAGAAGUCGGCUUCAGCAUCUGGCAUUGGAGGAAAAGUUAAAAGUCUCUUCAGUAAUAAUCAACCUGGAAAGUUAAAUGAGGAAGCAUUGGAGCUUCAAAGUCUCGAUUUCACUUACAGACGUUAUAGAAAACUGUCUGAAGAUUCUCUUCAACUGUUCUCGGACAGACUUGCGCUUCGUUCUUUGAAGGACAAAAGCAAGGCUUUACAUGAAAGUGCCCUUAAUGAAUAUGAAAGCUUGCUCUAUAGAGCUCAAAGUUUGUCUGAUGAUGAUGAAGUGUUAACUUAUGCUAAUCCCGAAGAAUCAAAGACUUUGAAACAAAUAGCUGUUGAAGAUAUUGAUUGGUUACUUCAAGAUGGACCAACCGCCGAAACUAACAUAAUUGUGGCUAAGCAAAAGAAGCUUGCCGAUAUCAUCUAUUCCAUAUCUUAUCGUCAAGAUGAGAGUCACAAGUUUAAUUUUAGCCUUGAAAGUCUAAAUUCGACCGUGGAAAAAGCAGAAUCUCUGUUGUCUAGCUUUGAUGUCCCUCCGUAUCCGUUAACGGAAUACGACGAAAAAGAUGUGAAGAGGGUUACUUCCAUCCGUAAUGCUUCUUACAAAAAGUUAAGUGAAGAGUACGAUAAUGUUACUGCUUGGCUCAAUGAUAACUUGGAAAAGCAUGUCUCAAGAGCUAAAUACGAAGACCCUGUUAUGAUUACUUCAGAAAUGGAUUCUAAGACUAAAAAGCUUCAAAACCUAUUAUAUGAAUAUCUUCGCCGUUCACUUCAACAUCCAAAGUUAAAGCCUAAAACUAAAGCACCCUCUUCUUCAUCCGAGGCAACUUCCACCUCUGAGAAAGCCGAUCAAGAGACCGCAAAGCCCUCCGAGGGUUUUACUGAGAGCCAUUCGGAGCCAACAUCCACAGCAGCUUUUGAAUCGACCGCUGGUACAUCUACUUCUACAGCUGACAAUGACAAUGACUUUGAGGACGAACUUUAA